GGCCAGCAGCAGCAGCGGAGGCCGUGGCAGCAGCCGGACCGCGGCGUCGGUGCACCCACGGGCGCUGCCGAUGCACAGUACGAGGUAGCACAAGUACACGAAGACGGAGUCCAGGCUUCGGACUGCCAACAACAAAAUGGUGUUCUCACUAGGUGUCAGGAUGGAGUGAUGCACCCUAACGCAGUGUCCGCCGGCUCGGCCACUAGCGGGGCUGCACGCCAGGAGCGACAGCAAGCAGCGCCAUGGCGGCGCGAGAGGGGAGGGAGGGAAAGGCACAGGGGAGGAGGGGCGGGCAAGGGGGGACCAGACACAAGCGCGCACGACGCUACUAUCACAGCGCGCUCGGCGAUCGGAGCGGCCCCUGUGGACCCGCACGCCAAAGGUCACGCUGGCGAAGGGUCACUCUUACGAGCAGUCGAUUGCAAGACUCUUGGAUGAUAAUUACCAGCCGCACCCGAAACAUCCAAAUAUGUCCCGCUUCGACCGCAGAGCUCGAGCGUGACUCCGACGGAAUGCCCAUCUCAUCGUUGUGGCUGGCACGGAUAAGGGCCUCGGUGACGGCCUGCUCCCGAGAUUAGGUCGAACGCCAGAGCGCCCUCUUGCUCAACCAAGCGUGCCAGGAGAUCCUGCACGAUAGCUUCAAUCGCAGCAUGGCGUCCGCGAAAGACAAAAGAUUUGAUCGUGAUUUUGAAGGACACGUUCACAGACGAGUUUGACAAGAAAGAGUGGCAAUUUAUGUAUCCUGCUUCCGAUGUCCUCAUCCAGGACGCUUUAGACUGAGGCUGAAAAUUCACAGAAUGCCAAUCGGCGCCUGUUCGACUUUCAAUUUGCCCAAGUCCACGUUCCAAACAGCAGCGUUGUAUCUCUGCGACAUACUGGAGCCGAUCCAACGUAGCCUCCAGUGUGCCAUGAACUCAACCGCCGUAUUGUUCCAGAGGCUUAGGAGCUCUGACUGCACCGUUUUCCUCGACACGCUUGUGCUAUUCACCGCGGACGUGAAGGACAUUUACCCGUCCAUCCGCAACCGUCAUCUUUACUCGGUCCUCGCAGACGCCAUCGACAGGCAGUACGGGGCCCGCAGUCGACGUGGUACGGUUGCCAAGAAUCUUUCGAAGAUCACGCUGGACAAUCAGUACAUCGAGCACCACGGAAGAUUGUACAAGGUUGCACAGGGAAUCGCCGGCGAUUCAGGUCUGUCCAGCGGCGUAUUCAUGGCGAACGUGCAUUCGAAUGACUCCGACCACAGCGUCGGUGAGCGUAACCAGUCGGACUUGCAUUUCCGGGCUCGGUUUGUCGACGACGGCCUCGGCAUAGCUCGCUGCACGGAGUGCUUGCCGCAUACUACGGAUACCUCUGACAGUUUUGACAGAAACAUGAGAUGGGAAAUUGCUG